AACAGGGACCUGAAGUUCAGGAUUAGGGGCCAAGGGGUUGUUCCGAGGCAGACCCUGGCCGAGUGUGGGGAAAUGUAUAGGACCAAAUGCGGUUCGACUGUCGGCUCCAAGUCUUCACGGCAGCAGGCCGCCCCUGCUCUUUAACGUGGUCGGGCUCCUCCAGGCAAGGAUUUCUGACUCCUCAAACAGACCGUCACUGGAGAAGGUCCACAUUUAGUGAACGUGUCGUCGGCCUCCUUUGUUGUGAGCCCGCCUCUGCAGUGUUAUAGAGCUUGUGGACAAAUGUAUAGGAUCAAGAAUUCACAUUGUGAUGAAGAGUGAUAAGGAAAUUGUUGGUACUCUUCUAGGAUUUGAUGACUUUGUCAAUAUGGUACUGGAAGAUGUCACUGAGUUUGAAAUCACACCAGAAGGAAGAAGGAUUACUAAAUUAGAUCAGAUUUUGCUAAAUGGAAAUAAUAUAACAAUGCUGGUUCCUGGAGGAGAAGGACCUGAAGUGUGAAUGAGUUUCCUUGACUUACGCUAGAUUCUGUUUUGUCUUUUAAUGACAAGAAAAUGGAAUUUUUUUCCCCACCUUCUAAUGUUUAAAUCCCAUAAAGCUGUUUCCCGUUAAAGGAAAGUGCUUUGAAGAUGUGUACCCAUUUUUGUAAGUUAAUCAUAAUUAUCCUGGAAAAAGAAGAAAAGAGCUUCUUCUUUGGAGAUGAAAAUAAAGGUGUUUUUGGUUAACUGUCA